AUGGAUUGGCUUGAGUUGGAACUUGCAAUAGAAUAUGAUCAACAUAACAGACGGAAAAGAUACAAUAAGACGAAUAUUCAGCGCCGAACAAAACGCUUACAAAAACAAGAACGAAUUUAUCCUGAUUUAUUAAUGUCAACACAAGGUAAACAAAAUGAACGUGCAGAAACAGCAAGAAGCAACACAGUUGAUUUUCAUAAUAAUAUUUUUAUUGAUCAUUAUGAGGAUGAACAGCAAGACUUUAUUCAUCUAAAUGAAUAUACAUUGCAAAACGACAACGAAAAUCAUGAUGAAAUAAUAGGUAAUUUAUCUUUUCACAUUUAUGAUGACUCAGAGGACAACGGACUAGCACUCUCAUGUGAUGAUGGUUCAAAUGAAGCUUCCGCGUUACCACUACAUCAUUAUACAAGCAAUACAACACUUGAUUAUUGUGAAAGGUUUAUGAUCAUAGCACGUCAAUCUCACAUAAGUAAAAUACAUACAAACUCAUUUUUAUCUUUGAUCAAAUCGGGUUUGCCUGUUCCUAAUACUAUGCCGUCAACAGAAAAGCAAAUCCGAGAUUUACUCGGUGUUCAGGAAUUAUUUACUAAGCGAUCUGUAUGCUUAUUAUGUUCAUUGGAUUUUGAUUAUAAACAGAUAACUUGUCCACGAUGCAGUACGUCAAAUAAAACUCGAGUUGCUUUUGUAUACGAUGGCGAUAUCGAAGUGAUAAUUAAAAAUGUUAUGUUAAGAUUAUAUUCGAAUAUUGAUGAGUAUAAAGUCAAAAUUAAAGCCAAUGAUGAUGUCGAUAAAACCAGAGACAUACCAUUUGGAAGUUUGUAUCAACAAUUACUAAAGAAGAAUAACCAUGAAGAGAUUAUUAGCCUUUUAUUGCAUAUUGACGGUGUGAGCGUGGCUAAAUCUAGUAAAUUAAAGAUGUGGAUGCUUAGUGCUUGCUUUGUUGAAUUACAUCCAAAGUUGCGUAAUCGACGAAGUAACAUGGUUCCUAUUUCCAUAUGGGUGGGAUUUACUGAGCCAAAAGUGAAGUUGUGGCUGAGGUCUGCUAUGAAUAAAUUAAAAGCUAUCAAGUCACAAGGUAUUAAUGUAAUGAACAAAAAUCAUAAAUUAAUUAUAUUUGGUAUCACUGGAGAUUGUCCUGCCAUCAGAGAACAUAUCGGUCACAAACGUCAGUAUCGUUAUUCAUCACUCAUUUUACGAACAGCAGAACAAUAUUCGAAAGGAUCGAAGAAAGCUGAACGUAAAAAAAACAACAUUUAUGGUCAUUUAGGAAAAACUAUGCUCGAUGAUAUUUUGGAUCUGCCAUUACCAAACGCAGUCGUUAUAGACUAUUUACACGUGACCCUUCUAGGUCAUGCCAAAGCAAUAAUACUAUCCAUAUAUCGUCAGUUGAAGCCAAUACAACGUGAACAACUUAACAUUCAAUUAAGAAAUCAAAAAUUUCCUCACUUUUUUAAUAGAAAAAUAAGAUCGAUGGAUAAUUUUGCAUUUGUGAAAGGUACAGAAGUUAGGAAUUUACUUUUUUACGGAUUAUUACCACACAUGAAUUUGUUAUUGCCAAGUGAACAAUAUGCCCAUCUUGCGUUAUAUGUUAUUGCUAUACGCUUGCUUCAUAGUGGCCAUAUAUUUGGUAACAAAACAAAUGAAAUUGCUGAUCGUCUCUUUUCUAGAUUUUAUGUAGAUCAUGAAUUGUUUUAUGAUCAGUUACAACCUUUUAAAUUGCAUCUACAUGCUCACUAUUCAUAUAUGUAUGAAACACACGGCUCAUUAUGCAAUUUAGGCUGUUUUGGCCAAGAAAGUUUCAUUGGAGCUAUAAGUAGUGAGCAUCAUGGUACUCGCUAUUAUGGAGAUUCAAUAACUUAUUAUUAUAAUAUUGACCUUUGCAUUCAAAGAAAAAAGAUACGAAAGGCAACUAUUGAUGGACCUUAUGAUUUAUCUUCUACUACAUCAAACGAUUAUGAUUAUAUGAAUCAAAUUCAUUCUUCUUUAUGUAUGUGUACUGAUUUGAGUUCAUGUUGUUUAAUUUAUCGUCGAUUUAUUAUGAAAAAUGAAACAUUUCAUUCUUUAAUAUAUAAUAGAAGACAAACUUCUGUUAGCUAUUUUGUACAAUAUUCAUUGGCUAAUGGUGCUAUCGAAUACCGCUUUGGCAUUAUUGAAUUCUUUUUUGUUUGUAAUAGUGUUAACUAUGCAAUUAUUAAGCAUCAUCGUAUUAAAGAGUUGUGCAUGUCAACGAUGACCAACAAUGACUCACAAAUAGUUAAAAAGCGAGCAAUAAAACCAAAAACACAAUACUCACCAUCGAAUCCAACAACAGCAACCACUUAUCACUUGACCUUUGACAAUGAUACGAAAAAAAUGAUGAUCGUUGGUCAUUCAAGUAUUAAACGAUUUGUCAAUGAUGAUAAAGCGGUGCUGAAUGAUGGUCAUACAGCAAAAAUUAUUGCAUCAGGCACAAAAGAGAAAUGUAUGGAAUACUGGAAAAACCAUACAUUUUCAUCAAUUAACAAUUCUGGUGAAUCUGAUGAUGAAAAUGAUAUUGUACCUGAUUUAAUGAAACAAACACUGCAAAUGCCAUCAAAUACAUUUUUAACACCUGCUCCAAUUCGGCGUAAAAGAGCAUUAAUAAAUCGUUCAAACUCACCUGAUUCCAUUUUUUCUGUUUCAUCACCAAAACGCCCAAAUCAGGAAAAUCGUCCAAGUACUUUAGCAGCUCGUACAUUCGAUGAUCCAUCUUGUUUUCGUACUCAACGUCGUGUAACAACAGUAAGCUCACCAAUAUCUUCUGAUGACGAAGAAGUUAUCGAUGGCGGUGAAGAAGUUUCAUUACGUCAUAUAUAUCAAGAAUUGCAAAAUACACAAGAACAUUUACGAGAUACUCGAUCAGAGAAUCGUGAUACUCAUCAUCAAUUAAAAAAAUUAACAGAAAAAAUUAAUAAGUUUCAAUCUCUAUUUUCUUCGAAAAAUAAUGAAGAUCUUGAACGUUAUCGUGAUCCUGAUGGGAAAGAAAAUUUUCGAGAUACAAUUCCAUUUGAUGGUCGUGAUUUACUAGAAGUACCGGCACGUAAUGCUGCUGAAUAUGCACGAAAAUUGUUGCAGGAAAUGUUUAAACCAGAUGAAUUAGAAUCAAGUUUAUUGCCAUCUCCACAUGCGAAGAGAUUUUCGAAGGUUGAACUGGAUCAAAACCGAUUUAAUCUGUUAAAUGAUGCUGUUCGAACACGAUAUCGUAUCUCAAAGCAUCAUUAUAUUAGCUUUUACAAAGACAGAAUUCAAGAUAGUUUAGCUAAUUGCUUGUACAACGUAGGAAUACGAAAAAAACGAAAGCAAAAGAUACAGCAACAAAAAGACCAGCAAGCUUCUCAACAACUGAAUAUUCAACAACAAUCUCAAAUUAGUACAACUUUGACGAACGUGAAUCAAUGA